AUGGAUGAGAACACAGAGGCGUUACAUUUUAUGGCAAACUCGUUUGAGGAUGAUGCGAACGGGGGGCCCGACGGGAUCGUGUUUGAGAAGCCCAAUGAGGAUGCACAGUUGCCCGGGAAUGGAGAUAUUGACAUGUUGCAAUUUGAGACGAAUAUUUUCAACCAGUACGUGCUCCAUGGGGGGGACCCACAUGCUGGGGUUGAUAAUGUGGGGAACGUGGGCUCGUUUGACCCGAAUUGCGUGCUGGGCAAGGAGGAGGAGCCGGACUUCUUUCAACAUUUUGCCAAGACGGAGAAUACACCGAUAAUGGACCAGUUCAGUUCGCCGCCAGGGGUCGGUCUGAUGACCCCAGAGGGGGUGUACUCGGGCCCGCCACAGACGCUUCGAGGUGUCUCACCUGCGAAUGUGGACGAUUCACAUGCCCUCGCCGAUAGUACCGACACGAGGGACUCUCAGCUCAUGGAGAACAAGUUUCAGACUCUAGUUGAUAACACGAUUAAUUUCGGUCGUACUGAUCCAAUAGUGCCCCAUUUCGUAGAUCCAGCACAGUAUUUGGCGAUAGACAGCGGGAAACUACCGCAUAGUAUGAGGAUACGUGGGUUACCACAGGUCACUAGAGUCGAAAACCAAUUACAAUUGCUGAUAGAUAUUACGCCACCAGUGAACAAAUACAUGGUUCAUUUACCGACAGACUCGAUCACUAGGGACAAAUUCUUCCUGAGUAAAGGUAUCAGAGAGUACCCGAAAUCGUUCCAAGACCAGUUGUUGUUUGUAGACGCGUUUUUACUUGAUGCGAAGACGAAUAUGAACAUCUCGGUGUGUAUGAAGUGUGUGAAGAGAGAACAAAGGAGAGCCUCGAGGAGGAAAUCGGGACUCAGUGACAACAUGCUUUGGUGCAACAAUGACAGUAGAAGAGCAGUGAUUUUCAACAAUAAUCAGAUCACUGUGAUACAUAGGACAGACGCAAACACAAAGCAACUUGAAUUGACUACACGUAUUGUUUGCUACUGUCGUCACCACAAAUCAGACGAUGGGUUUAGACUGUUCUUCGUUUUGAAGGACUCCGAUAACACAGUCCUCUCACAUAGCAUCUCCGAUCCGAUUAUGAUCACGGAUAAGAAACAGCAUGGUCGGAACUCGAACGCCGCAGAGAACGUGCCGUUACUGUCGACAGGUGACACCACUAAGAACUCGUCUGCAAACGUUUACGCCUUCGCGGUCAAUAACACAACACAUAGAGACACGGUUUCCGAUUCAACAACAUCAAGCAAGUAUUUUGACGUCGGGGAAAUUCCAACGAUAGACGAUAUACCAAUAUCAGCGAACGCACUGGUUGCCCCAAGUACCGCAUUUGGUCCACCAACGUCCACUAUAAACAAUAUUCAGGGGAAUGUACGGUCUCGGAUCAUACCUUCGCCUACAUCAAUGAGCGAAGAGGGUUCUGAACCGUUUGCAAGUGAAUACAGGUCCAAUUAUCCACCAUCUGCAGGAAGACCCACGAAGAGGACAAGAAGCAGCAUGAAUCUGCAGAGACCUCUUCGCCACAAUGAUUUUACAUCGGCAAGAUCUGGAACAAGCUUAAAUGCACUGCAUAAUCCAUCUGAUUUCAGCAACGUUCAUAUCACUCCUCGGAACCCAGCACGUGUGCAAUCCACCGUACCUUCCGAUCAGAUAACUUUGGAGGAGCCAUCGAUCCAAAGAGUGAUUCCUUCAAGGGGGCCCAUAAACGGUGGUAUCGAAAUUACGCUACUGGGAUCCAAAUUCAAACAGGGCUUAAUUGUUCAGUUUGGUGGGAACAUUGCCCUCUCCACACAGUGUUGGUCCGAAACAACAAUACUGACGUACUUACCCCCUGCUGCCACUGCAGGUCAAGUGUUUGUUACGAUCACAGACCCAAACGAACCGGACCAGAGCGAACUUCAGCAGAUGGGGGUCGAUAUCGGCAAAAAGGCAAUCUUCACGUACGUCGAUGAAACUGAUAGACAAUUGAUUGAGUUGGCAUUACAGAUUGUUGGGUUGAAAAUGAAUGGGAAAUUGGAGGAUGCUAGGAACAUUGCGCAACGUAUUUUGGAUGACGACACGAAAAGCCCGUCUGCACAGGAACAGCAUAACAAUACGACACCAAAUGGCGGGAAUCAAUACAGUAAGGAGCUUGUUACAGACGAUGAGCAGUUGAUUGUGCAGGUGAUCAAGUCUUUGAACAAGAGCACCUCCAAUUUUUCGAUGUGUGAUAGUCUCGGUAGAACUUUACUUCAUUUGGCAUCUCUGAAGGGUUACUUUAACUUGGCGUCCACUCUUGUGAGAAGCGGUGUCAAUAUCGCGUUGAAGGACUCAUUUGGUUUUACACCUUUGCAUUUUGCUGCCAUCAGUGGUAGCUUUAAAAUUAUCAGACUGCUAUUAAGCUGCAAAGCUGGCGUUUCGUUGAAGGCCUGUAAUGGGAUGACACCAAAAGAACUUUACAUCAAUAACCAUAAAUUGCAAAACAAUAUCCAAGAUGAUGUGCUGGAUUUAUUCGAUUACUACUUGGAUGAGAGGAAGGGCCGCAAUACUGGUGGGAUAGGAGAUCUUCCCGGGAUUCGGAAAGAACUUUCGCAAUCAAGUAUUGAUUCGAACAUGCUCGAUGAAAAAUCUGUUACCUCUUUGAACGAUGCGGAACAGGGCACUCAUACGAAGAAACCUGAGUUUUCAAACAGUGCCUUCCCAUCACCUUCCUCAAUCGUAUACAUGGACUCUUCUGAGUACGAAGAAGAGGCUGAAUGUGACUUUGAGGACAACAAUGACAUGACUUCGUCUAAUUAUGAGGAAAGCGUAAUCUCAUCAGUGAGAUCUGAAGGUAGUUCCGAGCAAGCAGAGGAGGCGGAACGCAGUACACUUGCCCCUAACGGCGAGCCAGCUGAUAAAAGCUCUGCUGAAGAUUUGGCUACUGACCGUCAAGGCAGUGAUUUUGAAGAAUCUAUCCCCAAUACAAACGAAACGUCUCUGUGGAGUAGGAUGUUGAAUAGAAUCAAUGAUGAUCUGCCCAAAUAUGACGACUUGUUCCCACGUCCUGUAGCGGGUGAAACGGUAAAGCCCGUUGAAGAAACUGCUGUGGGGACUACGGCUACGCGGCCUCUAUCCUCUGAUAUGCACACGUCGUCGGAGGAUGAGGAGGAGAGCGUUCAAAACAGAUUCCAUCUAUUCUUCCAGAAUAACAGACAAGAUUUACAAAACGACAAGAUGUUACUAUUUUUUUGGAUCCCUCUGAUGUUGGUUCUAUCCACAUGGGUGCUCUGGAUUACUUUCAGUAGGAAUGAGACUGACGUUGUCAACAAGGCGAACAAUUUUAUCAGUCAUUAUUUGAGACUAUGGUUGGGUAAGAUUCUGUUGGGCAACCAAAGGAUGAGGACGAUGUUCAUGGAUGGGUUCACAAAUUUACAAACGUCGGGGAUCUUGAAUGACCUGAUUGUCAGUUGA